AUGAAUGGUAUGGAUAGAAGAGUUCGCUUUUCAUUUCCAGAUUCAAAUGGAAGAGAGGUUGUGAACACUCUUUUGGGGGAAGUGGAGGAAGAAGAUGACAUGUAUGCAGCGCAUGAGGGGUCUUCAGGAUAUUCAUCCCGUGUUUUGCAGGAUAAUUUUGUGGAACGUGACAACUACUUGGACAACGAAGAGUCAAAUACCAUUGACUUUAAUGAUACUGGUGGUACUCGCAGCUCUCAGCUCUUUGAGUCUGUAAGCCCCAUCAUACUUCCUCUUACACCAGAACAGGAUUCUCUGGCGAAGCGUCUUAACUUUCUAAAGAAGUGGUACCUACUUACCCAUGUAGCAUAUAUAUUAUUAUUAGCGCUUUGUGGUUCACUUUUGUUAUAUUUGAUGGAAAAAGAUCUAGACUAUGUUGACGCAUUUUUUAUUGCCAUGUCAUCAGUAUGUUGUUGUGGACUGCAGACAGUUGAUGUUGCAGGUUGGAAAUUGGGAUCAAAUUUACUGCGACAUUUUCUUAUGAUUGGUGGGGGCAUUGUGUUUACGAGUGCCCACCAACCAUUGUUACGUCUUUGGAUGCUGAGUAAAAUUUGGAGGGUUUUCGACAGAGACCCAAACGACUCUAUUGGUCAAAGGGCACUACGGGCCUCAAAGCGGAUGUACGCCGAGCGACUUUGGUACACCUCCCUGAUAUGCGCUUUUACUCCACUGUUCUAUUUUUUUUUAGUGAAUGCUACACUAAUGUUUUUUCUUGCUAUAUUUAACCAAUCUCAUCUGAGUCCUUUAGAGGUUUUUGAGAUGAUAAUUGCUUCCUUUCAUAGCUCUAUCUUUUUAUCUAUGGAACAGUACGCCAAGGAUCCUGCUGUGGUGCUGCUUGUGACAAUGGGGUGUGCGCUUGGAUUCACUUUAUUCCCAGUAGUGUUGCGUGGAUUUUUUCAUUUAGAAUGGUUCAUGUUUCACCUCUUAAGAAAAUUAUAUAUACGAUUUCGACGGCCACAAAUACGGAAUCACCAGAACUCUGUAUUUCUCCUAAUUAGUGAGGAUUCACCUCUCCUUGCUAAUGCACCGAUUCACCAAGUUGAAAAUAUCUUUCGUGAUAGCGAUAUGAAAGGUGAUGUGGUGAACCUCAACGUAUGGGAUAGAGGUUUUCGUGACAUCCUAGCAAGUAAACAGCCGGUCUCCUUCCAUGCGUUCUUGUUCAUACGAAGCGAGACAGUGUAUCUGGGUGUUGCUUGGUUUUUUAUCACUUUAGUACAGGCCCUUCCUUUCUGGUUACAACAGUGGAGUGGGAAUGGUCUUUUGGCUCCAUUUUCUACACCGUACAAGAUUUUUCUUUCUUUGUGUCAAGCUGCUGUUGUGCGUUUUGCUGCUGCCUCAUUUGUACCAUGUUUGAAGUAUAGUAACGCCCAUAUUGCAAUAACAAUUCUCUGUAUGUUUUUACCUGCUCUUCCCAUUUCUACAGAUCGCACAUACCGAAAAUGGAAACAAAUGUUCCGUACUUCAGUGGUACGACUUUUAACAUCUAGACUUUUUUGGUUAUUCUCUGCAAUGUUAAGUAUUAUAUUUGCAGAAGAAAAUUGGCUGGUUGUCGAGUUGAAUGACACACCCUUUGACAUAAUGACGCGUUCAUUGUUCGAGGUUAUUAGCGCGUUCUCAGGUUGUGGUCUGUCUCUCUCACUGUCAGGAUCUGCAGUCUCUUUUGUUGGUUCUCUCAGUAUUUUUAGUAAACUGGUAGUCGCUGCUGUGAUACUUGGUGGACGCCAUCGUACAGUAGACCUGGGCAUUGACCUGGGAUUUGCUGUAUUGCAGGCGGACGGACAGCAAAAGCAGCAAUCUGCGGACACACGGUCUCCUCCUACCAUACUCUCUACUCACACCACAGACACAUGUAAUGUUCUCAAGGAACCGUACAGAGGAAGUAGCGAGGGCAGUAUCCACCUUGAGCGUGUUGGUUCUGUUCAAUCAAGGUAA